AGCAACAAAACCCAGCCAAGCCGACAGCCUUCCCUUGAAGAAACCAGUAGGAAAAGCUUGGUUUUUGCCUUUCUUUUCUUGUUCAAAAACCAGAUUUGGAGCCUUGAAACCUUCUCCCCCUGCAGAGAAAAUUUCCAGAUCUGCUUUGCUCUGUCUUCACCACCUGCUGCUCUUGGAGUGGGUGCGAAUUCCUCUAAUUUUUGGAUUCCCCUUGAAUUUUUCCUUCCAUGCCAUCGGCCUCCCCCAACCUCCAGGUCCGGUUUUGCUGGGAAAAUUCUGUUUUUCCUUGUCCACCAUUUCAGGAAGCGAAGUCAAGGACGGGGAAAAUCGAGGGGAGUGACGAGUUAGAAGGCUAGCCAUCUUGUAAAUUUGAUAUAGAUUUUAGAUAUAGAUCAUGAUCUUGUAAGCUAAAUUUUAAUUGGAGAUUUUAUAAAUUCAUUGAAUGGAU